GCUUUCAUCAUUUGUGCAGUCACCUCAGUUAUUUACAUUAAAGGCAUUUUCACUGUUGUAUUUAUUGUAAUAAAUCUCUUUCUUGUUUGUAUAAUGUUUACGAAUUAUAUGUCUUUAUUGUACACUAUCACGUUACCGACAUUUCCACCCGCUUUGUCUUCUUUCUCUACUUAUUUUUCCUCGUCGUCGUCUUCUUCUUCACUGUCAUUACUUAUACGAUGGCAUUGUAUAUUGGGCUGUUUAUUACUCUCUACUUCACUUUUGUUUAUGCUAAUAAAUUCAAUAUUCAGGCGUAUACCACCUUAUAAAUAUUUUAUAAUUAUAAUUCUUUAUAUCUCUGUACUAUUUAUCUCUUCAUUGCCAAUUAUUAUUAAGUCCUCAUCAAUAGAAUUGACGAGAUCCGAUAAUGCAAAAUCAUUGAGAAUGAUGAUGAUAACAACAACGACAACAGCAAACGAUAAGCAUUCAUUUAAUACAAAUGUCAUCUAUGGAUUAAAUAAUUUUUCAUCAACGUGGUUAUUCUAUGUCUAUACAAUGGUUAAACCGAAUUGUUGUGUCAAGCAAUCUAAUGUAAAUAGUAAUUGGCAAUCUCUUUGUCUGCCUACAAAUAUUCAUUUGUUUUCAUCAAAUGAGAAUAAUAUUGUUCAUGAUGUAACUAUUGUUUCUGAAGCAGCUUAUCGAUAUGAUAUAAUCUUACUAACUUGUUCUUAUGGUUUAUUGUGUAUUUAUAUACUACUUCUAUUGUAUUGUUUAAGCAUUACUGAUAUUUAUGAGAUCUUUAUGUCAUGUGUUAAUAUAGAGCUGGAAUUAUAUCGACUUGGUCUAGUUGAUUAUAUCACAUUUCAUUGGAAUCGAUUAGAUGUACCACAAAUUUUAAUGUACUUUUGGUCAUUCAAACUAAUGUCAGUGAUUAUUUUGGGUCCAGUAUGCUGGGAAAUUAUUCCAACUGGUGAUGUUAAUGUUGAUGAGAUAUCAGCGAAACUAUUCAAUUCUUCUACAUUGAAUGAAUAUUCUAAUCUGGAUACUGCUAAUCAAUCAACAUUAUCUAUACUAUACACAAGAUUAUUUGUUGGUCUUUUUGUACAUGGAUCAGAAACCUGGUUGUCAGUGUGUGGAGCAGCUGCAUUUUUCGGUGCAUUAGCUACUAUUUUCGUUUCUAUAUUGGUCUUUUUAUUGGAUCCAUCCCGUACUGGGACAGCUCGGUUAGCAGUGGUAGCUGCAGAAGCUCCAGCUGAUCCACAUACAUGGAAUGUAAUUGAUGAUCCAGCGUUAGCUUUAGAUCAAAAUGAUGUUAUUGCUAUGGAAUUACUAGCUAGUACAGGAUGGAAUUGUGCUGUUGUCUUUUUGUUCUUAGCUUUCCAAUCAGAUAUGCCUAAUCUUCCACCAGUUUAUCGUGCAUCAUGUUCUAUGUAUGGAAUUAUGGUUCUUGUGAUUGCGUGUAUCCAUCCUAUUCAAGCAUUGAUCAAGUCAUUCUUAUUACGUCUUGGGGCACCUGGUCAACAAACAAAUUGGUCCGAACAUGUACGACCAUUAUGUUUUUGUGUUGUGCUAAUUUUUGCAGCUUUCAAUAUGUUCACUUGUUUACCAAGAAUAUUAACAAAUGACAAACUGGAUUAUAUUCGUAAUAUGAAUCACAGUGAAAAUGCAUCCUAUUUAGCUGUUUUAUCACAUAUUGGCUCAUCGGAAGAAGCAAUACUUGCGAGACGACUAAGAAUAUUUCUAAGCGGUUGUCAAUUAUUAAUUAGCCUUGUAGUUACACUAAUUGAAUAUGCUAUUUAUCAAUACUCUUAUCGAUAUCCUAAUUGGACAGGAUUUCAACCAACAAUAUUUUGGACAAAAGUGAUUAGUUCAGUAAUUGAUUAUUUUAUUUCAUUAUUAUCAUUUCUAACAGUCUGUUGGUUAGUAUUCUAUGAUUCUUUUGGAGUGUGUCGUUUGUUUAUUAUUUGUUGUUAUUUCUCCUUAGUUUUAUAUCCAUCAGCGCGUAGAGCAUAUAUAUGGAUAAAAUGGCGAUUAUUAUGCACUAAACGUAUGAAUGAUUUAGUUAAUCCUAGUAAAAUACAAUUAGAACGAUAUGGUGAUACAUGUCCAAUAUGUUUUGCUGAAAUGACUAUAACUACAGCAAAAAUUACUAGAUGUGGUCAUCUUUAUCAUUCUGAAUGUCUUAUACAGUGGAUGAAACAUAAAUUAACAUGUCCUAUAUGUCAGUCAGAUUUAUUGUCGACUAGAGUGACUAAUAAACGACGAGAAGUUACAAGUGCUCGAAUGCAAGAGACUAUAGUAGGUGAACAAAAUUAAUUAAGUUUAAAAGAAAUUAUUCAGAAUUUUUGACUUUAUUUAUUAUUAUUACUAUUACUACCAAUACUACUACUAUUACCAUCAUCAUCAUCAUCCUUUUCACUGUCUAACCAUUCGAUAUUAAACAAAAGUCAAACAAGAAAUCACCUUUCAAUCUUGUAAAUGCAAAUUGUUACUACUCUGUGCCUUCAAUUGUACACUCAUCAUUAUUAUUUGUCAAGGAUGUUUGUAAACUGGAGGCGCGUAUAAAUUCAUAAUGUCUAUGUGAAGCCGCUUUUUUGUUUAUUUUUGUUUUUUGUGUGUAUGUACGUGACUUAUUAUCAUGCAUAGUACAUAAAGAGAAGAUUUACAAUAAAUUAUUGACAUAUAAUAUUGUCUAUUUUUUCAGAGAAAUAAUAAAGUUAGUUUCGGUGUGAUUCAUUUACCAGUUUUGAACUAUAUACCUUUUGUUUAUAGAUUAAUGAUAUAGUCCAGUUGCCGCAACUGAUCUAGAAAGUGUAAGUUCAGUACUAUGAUGUAAUUGUUGAAUGUCGAGUGUUAAACAAUUGGUCACUUAUAGUGAACAGAAAUAUAUUUAUUCUAGCUGUACAUAGCCCAGGACA